AUGUCUCACGACUAUAGUGGAGCUAUUCUCGGAGCAACAACAUCUUCACCACAACUUCCUGGUAAUUCUCUGAUGACGACCGUUGUUCAGCCACUUGAUAAUUCAAGUCCGAGCUAUCAUAACAUUAAUUCAAUGAUGAACCAUAGUAAUCAUAGUAAUAAUAUUGACCAUAAUAAUAUAACUCCUGUUGGAGGUGUCGGGGUGAUGAAUCAAACUUUUACCAAUACAAACCAUCAUCAUCAUCACCAUAUUAUAAACCAAUCACAACAACUCUACGGAAUCAGUUCUGUAUCGGAGUCUAAUCAACAACAAUAUUCAGUAGUUAAUAAUGGUAAUAAUACAAGAAGCAGCGCUACAAUUCCAACUCUAAUUAAUGGAGGAUCUUUAAAAAACAAUAACUCUAAUUCUUCAAAUAAUAGUAGCGCGUUGUCUGUAUCUAAUCACCAACAAUUGAACAAUAGUAAUGUUUAUCAUUGCUUGAAUCCUUCAUCGGGAUUGAAUGGUUCAACAAGUCAACAACAACAAAUUGUUUCCUCCUCCUCUCCACAGCAAGCUGCACCAAUAUCCUCUCCUCACCAUUUUGCUCAUACUGAUCAGCAACAAUCAUUAAAUACUUCAGAUCCGAUGAACUCUGUGAUCAAUAGAUCAUUAUCCUCCUAUUCUACUACACAAACACUGUCAAUCAAUUCUUCACCUGCCACAAGUAAUAUGGCCGCUGCUGAACAACAAGGAUUUUCAAAGAAUGAAGCUCCAAACCCUAGUUAUAAUUACAAUCAAUCAUCCUGGCCAACUUCACAACCUUUUUAUAACUCAUCCGUUGUCCAAUCCCAUAUUGGAAGUAACACUAAUAGUGGUAAUAAUUCAGUUAACAAUAAUCAUUUACACAAUAGCAGUAAUUUGGUUAGCUCAAAUACCAAUAGUCAGACCACAAACUUUAAUCUGUAUCAUCACCAAAUUCAUCCAACCUUGUCACUCAAACCAUCUGUAACAAGUAACGAAAGUUUGAUGGCUAAUGAUCACCACUACAAUAAUAAUACUGGUUUAACUUCCCAUCAUUUGAAUCAAAAUAAUGCCAUGACAAGUGCUGCUAAUUGUACAUCAAACAAUAAUGGAUCAGUGCUUUCCUCUAAUUAUACUAUUCCGAUUAAUCAAUCAUGUUCGCCCAAUCAAAUAAUGACCAAUUCCGAAUAUAAUCAACAACAAACCAUUGCUCCUUCAACCAAUAACCACCAUAUCCCUAAUCCAAAGGUUGAUUCUAAUGAUCCUUCAAAUAUUUCAUUACAUUCCUCCCCUACUUUUUCCUAUAAUACUUUUAAUACCACCAAUUCAGUUACUCACAAAGAUAGCCCUAGUACAUCAACAGUUGAUCUAAAUGAUGAAAAAACAAACCCAGAAAAAGAGAAUCCUUAUCAAUGGAAAAUUUCAGAGUUCAAGAGAAGUGUAUUUUACGAACUUGUUCAUGAUUAUGAAAUGAAGAGAGCAAGAAUUUAUUUAUUACAACAUUUCCCAUACUAUGAUCCUGCAUUAAUGACAAAUAAUCACUUUGACAUCAUGGAAGAUGAAGAAAUGAAGAUGAAAAAUGGUGAUUUGAAAGAAAUACUUGUACACUUUGAUGAAAUCCAAUUCUUAUUAUAUUUAUUUGUUGGAAGAAGAGUUGAUGCUUAUGGUGUUUUAACCUCAAUGAUUAAUAACGGGUUAAUUCUCAAUGAUAACAAGUAUUCCACAAUGUUAUUUGACUACUCAUUGGUAGAAUCAUUUUCUCCAGAAGACUCCAUAACACUUUUAAAGAAUAAGAUUGAAAUCUUCUUGAAUAAGUACGGUGUUGAAGAAGAACAAGAUUAUAGCCCUCUAGGUAUCAAAAUGCAAUCUCUAGAACAAAAACUAGAACUAGAAGAACAAAGUGAUGACGAAGAUAGCGAGAGUGAUUUUGUUUUUCUACUCUCUGAAGAAGAAGAUGAAUAUGAACCACAUUUGAAAUAUUACAAUAACUGUUAUCAAAACUACAUACCAGAAGUGUACUAUAGACCUACCUCAGAAUCACCAAAUUCCAACAGUAAUUCCAAUGAUAACCCAUACGAUUUAUCAGGAUCUCUUUCAAACACAGAUUCUUCAUCCUUCUCUCCAUCGCUUGUGAAAAAAUCAAAGAAAAAACAAUCUUCCCGAGAUAGUGAUAGAAGCAGUAGUGAUUCACAGGAAGAUGAUGAUUACAUGCCUCCUGUAGGUGGUGGAAUUUCCAAGAAAGGAAAACUGAAAAAGAAACGCAGAAGCAAUGCUAAAAGAGCUUGCCAUCAUUGUAGAAGAUCACAUUUGCGGUGUACAAAUGUGAGACCAUGUUGUAGAUGUCAGGCACGCGGACUUGAUUGUUAUGACAUUGAAUAAACAACAUUUUAUUGGUC